UAGUGGAUCCAUACACUUCACUUCUGUUGUAUUGGGAGAGCGAGUGGCAUGAUGGUCACAAAAAAUGAGACACAACAGGAGGAGCAGAAGACAACAAGAUGUUUCAUCAUCCAGCGUCGCCUAAAGAGAUUUUUCGCUGUUCCUGAGAGAGAGAUCAUCUUUACUGCAGGCCUGCAGUUGAGCAUCUACUUGGCGGAUUACGAGUUUAUGGUAUUGAUCACACUACUAACUGGAGUAUGGGAGCUCACAUUAUUUCAUGCGGUUAUAUUAACAAAUAUCCAAAGCGGUGUUAGAGACAUGUUACUGCUUCCCACUGCCUAUAUUGCCGACACCUUCCUAGGCAAAUCCUGGACGUUGGUUCACUCAUCUUUUUCAUACCUCGUGGGGUUAUUGAUGUUGCGCGCUUCAUUCCCUCAUCAUGGGUUCUUGUUUUACUUGGCUUUGGUUUUGGUAACGUUGGGACAAUGUGGUACCACAUACUAUUCAGUUUCUGUCGAAGAGGAUGAAGAGAGGAACAAGCUGAAUAUACAAGAAAAAGAUCAAAAGCAUAUUAAUGAAGACAUGCAAGAGAGCAAAACAAGUCAAACAAUUAAUCUUGAUGGUAAAACACGAUCAAGUACCUCUUGUACAGGAUCGAUAACUAGAGAAUUGAGUAUGUGUUGGCUCAAAAUCAUGGAAAAGAAGAAGAGGAUUGCCAUUGUUAUAACCGGGCUAAGUAUUGCGGUUUUCGUGUUCCCUGUUUCUCAAAUAACCCUUCGUACUGAAUUUUUAGUAAUUGCUUGUGGCUUAGGACAAGGCUCUAUCAUAUUUUUGUUAGGCCGGUGGUACUACCCGGCUGAAAAAGCAGAGGGAAGCCCACUUUCACCAAUUUUACAUGUUGUUAAAAUUGCAAUCAAGAAACACAAUGAUGCUAUCUCUCGAACUCAAGAGUACUUUGGCAUUGAUCAUGUCGAUAGUGGUGAUGCUGGUGAUGACAAUAAUCAAGUAUCUGAGGCACAUACCAAUUAUUCAAAAUCAUUGAAAGAUUGUGGUCGUGUUGGUGAUGAUCACGAGUACGAGCAAACAGAAGGUCAUAGAGUUGAAGACAACCAUGGCAAUCACAGCCAAAUUAUUGAGAUACAUAAUGGUCCUACAGAUAGAUUUCGGUUACUCAACAGAGCUACAUUAUAUGACCCAAAUACUGAGAAUCCUACAACCGAAUUAAAGAAUGGGAGACUUUGUACAGUCAAGGAAGUGGAGGAAACCAAGAGAUCCAUACGAUUAACUCUACUGUCCUCGAUAUUCUUCAUGUAUGGUAUAAUGACAUCUGUGAGCAAUACAUUCUUUGUGGAGCAAGCAGCCUACAUGGAUACACAUCUCAAUUCAGUAGAGAUACCCAUCCAGAUCUUCUUAUUGAGCUCAGACGCAACAAGAAAGCUUGUCAGUGGAUUGAGCAGGUGGGUAUUGGCUAAACGAGUUAAGAGAACUGGCACAAGAUUUUAUGGUGCACUACGAGUAGGACUCGGGAUGCUGCUGUUUCUUCCUUGUUUUACAGUAGCAUUUUUUGUUGAGGCUAAAAGACGGAAAGCCUCAAACAACUACGAGACAAUAUCCGCGUUCUGGCUUCUGCCCCAGCUCUUGCUGAUGGGUGCCAUGGAUGGGUUAGCCUUAGAUGGCAUCGGUGAUUUCUUUAGCCACGAAAUGUCUGACUCACUCAUCAGACCAUCAUAUGGGUCUUUUAUGGCAGAAGGUAUCACUGGUGUUGGGCAUAUACUAAGCCUUUCUAUGUUCUCCAUCACACAUAAGACCACCGAAAAGGGUGAUCAUCCAAGUUGGUUCGGUUAUGACUUAGAUAGUAGUCAUCUUCACUAUUAUUAUGCGCUUAUGGGAGCGUUUGGAUUCAUUAGCCUCGUCUUGUAUACUAAGGUUGCAGUUACAUAUUCCCGCCAUCAGUCAAGCGAGCGGAAGCUGGCCAGCAACACACCCUCCCCUUAGAAUCUUCAGGCAGAGAAGGGGAAGUAAUAAGUACCACCUAGCUAAUUAAGAGAGUUGAAGCUUGCCGGCUUCAUCCCCUUCUUUCCCUAGUAUCUUUUAUGUAUAAGUACCACCUAGCUAAUAGAGCUCAAUGAUGAACAGAUUACUUUGCUCUACUACUCCAAUUCUCCACUUUCAUAUUUCUUUCGUUUCUCAAUACAUGCAACGUUGAUAAUUGACACAUACUAGAUUAA